CACACUGACUGCUGUCAUAGAUAGCACACUGCUGUCUUCAGUUGUUUCUGUAACGACAGAAAGUGCAUUCACUUGGAGUAGUCUGAAUUCAAAAUGCUGAAGAGAAAACCAUCCAACGUUUCAGAGAAGGAGAAACAUCAAAAGCCAAAGCGCAGCAGCAGCUUCGGGAGCUUCGAUCGUUUUCGGAAUAAUUCUGUAUCAAAACCAGAUGAUUCUACUGAGGUGCAUGAGGGGGAACCUAUAAAUGAAAGUGGAGAAAAAAAUAAAAAUUCAAAUCAUGGAGGAGGUUUAGGCAAAAAAAUGAGAGGCAUUUCCUGGACAAUGAAGAAAAAAGUGGGUAAAAAGUACAUCAAAGCCCUUUCUGAGGAAAAGGAUGAGGACGAUGGAGAGGAUGCCCUCCCGUGUCGGAACAGUGACCCCGUUAUUGGGAUUCACACAGAGAAGCUCUCCCUCAAAGCCAGCGAUUCCAUGGAUAGUCUCUACAGUGGGUGGAGCUCAUCAAGUGGAAUCACAAGCUGUUCAGAUGGCACAAGUAACCGGGACAGCUUUCGACUCGAUGAUGAGGGCCCCUAUUCUGGAACAUUCUGUGGCCGCGCCAGAGUGCAUACCGACUUCACGCCAAGCCCCUAUGACACUGACUCCCUCAAAAUCAAGAAAGGUGACAUCAUAGACAUCAUCUGCAAAACACCAAUGGGGAUGUGGACAGGAAUGUUAAACAAUAAGGUGGGAAACUUCAAAUUUAUUUAUGUGGAUGUUAUCUCAGAAGAGGAAUCAGCCCCUAGGAAAAUAAAGACACGCCGAAGCAGUGGAAGAGAAAAAUCCAAGACCCUGCAGGAAUUCUUAGAGAGGAUUCACCUUCAGGAAUACUCAUCAACACUUUUGCUCAAUGGUUAUGAGACCCUAGAAGAUUUAAAGGAUAUAAAAGAGAGUCAUCUCAUUGAAUUAAACAUUAAAAACCCAGAAGACAGGAAGAGGUUACUAUCAGCUGCUGAAAAUCUCCUUGAUGAAGAAACUAUUCAAGAGCAAGAAAAUGAAUCUGUGCCCCGAUCCUUAAGCCCAGACAUCUCCUUAAAUAAGUCACAGCUAGAUGACUGUCCAAGGGACUCUGGUUGUUACAUCUCAUCGGAAAAUUCUGAUAAUAGCAAAGAAGACCUGGAGUCUGAAAAUCUGCCUAACAUGGUACAGAAGAUGACUAUCGCAGAAACAAGUGACUGAACACAUUCUCAACUCUAUACCCACGUCUGCAUCCCGUGUAACUUCCAGAGCUAAAAGGUCAAAUAGGAAAGAAAGAGAAGUAUUUGAAGAUAACAAUCUAAAGUUAAGAUGUUUUAUUCUGAAUUAUUUUACAUAAAAGUUUAUAUCUCUAACAUUUCCAAUUACUGUAAAUAAUAUGUAUAUUUAUUAUUUUAAAUGCUACAUGUUAGUAUUUCACAUGAGUGUAUUAGAAAAGGUAUAAUAUAAGUCUUUAGUAUGUGUGACAUAAGCUUUAUUUUGCAAGUGCAAAAUGAUAAAUUCUGCAAAAUCCCCUCAUUUCUACAUACCUGCCAGUUUUGAAUUUGUGUCUAUUACUCCAGCAGUGGAGCCUGUGUCUGUUUAACCAGUUAUCCAAGCAGUAUUUACACUCAUGUUUAUACCUACUAGAAAGUACAAGUUAAUAUUGGAGACAUUUGAUCCACAAUGUUUUCAUUGUUUUUUGUUGGUUUCUUCACUGUUACUGGUAUAAAAGUAUAGACAAUAUACUGUUAGUUCUGAUUUAGUGAAAUAAAUUGUAAUAAUUGCACAGAUGUUUCACCUUUAAGUGUAAAUACUUUAAAUUUUGAAAUGCCCUAAUUUUAAAAAUAAAAUGAACUAUGUGCA